CGCACUCUUCCACCUGACCAGCGUUUUCGCAGACUCCGUGGAUUGUCGCGCCGAAUCCUACCUUGACAUUGUUGAGCAUCAUCUUUAUCAGUUUCAUCAUAGUCACAGUCAUGAAGCCAGACGCCUUAACAUUCUAUCGACCGCCGGCACAUGCGCAAUAGCAUUCUUUAUCCGUGCAGUAUCUUAGGCGCGAGGCUGAGACUCCAGUCCAGAAAAGCACGGCAAUAAUAGCAAUCUUUUGCUCCGCAGAUCAGGGCUUCUAUAGAGUACAAACCUUUUCCCUCCGCUAGGUUUUCGGAGUAUUGGGCACCUGGAUUAGCUUCCCUUCUUUACAAAGACACGGCACCGACAGCCCGAGGGGAAACAAUGGCUGAUUCGAUGAAUCUUAUUACGGCCCAGAUCUCUUUUCUGGACCCCCAACUGGCACUUGUCCACAUCCCUAUUGAAUUGUACUCUUUCUGCUUGCAGCCGAUACUUCGGCUCCUCUUUGGGGAGGAUCAUGAUGAAGAUGCUGCCAGAAUAUCGUGGACGAAUCGACACGAUUUUUUGAAUGUGUCCCUGACACCAGUGGAGUGCUCGAUUAUAUGUUCACGGUAUUUAGCCGAUACGUACGUGGCGCCCGUUGCACAGGCACUGAAUCAACUGUAUGGAUCUAAUGACAAAGGUAAGGAAUCAAAGACAGACAUUCAAAUUAGUUCUGAGGACUAUGUGGCGAUUCAAGUCGAUGGCCAAGGCCUUGAUGCAGGUCAACGGGUACUGGAGCUGACGUCCCCUUUGGCUAUGGCUGGCAUAAGCAUUUUCUUCAUCACGACAUAUUUCUCUGAUUACAUACUGGUACCUUUGCGAUCUCGGAACACUGUAACAAAAGCUUUACAACAACGAGGAUUUGUGUUCUCGCAGAGUGUUGACGCGUUUGUCUCGCAACUUUCUCCCUCGUUACCAGCGGUUCCCCAUGGUGGUCGGCCGAUUUAUUCUCCGUCAUUUUACGAAAACUCUGCACCAACAACACCACCUGCGAAAGACAUCCCGGAAUUGCAAAUACGCACGUUUACAAAACUCAAGAAAAACAACAUCAGCCCGCUUGUCGACAGCGACGUUCAUCUUGUCAGCUGCGCUGGCAGCCGCGAGUUUGACGCUGAACGGGAUGCUCAGCUUCGAGAUGACCUUUUGCAGGUCCUGAUUGCCACUAUGCCUUUGGCUGAUGGAACUUGCAAAACCAAACCCCUGAGCAAUGGCGCCAGUAGCCUUGCCUCCCGGGUGGCUCUGGCAUCGGGCCUCAACUUUGGGGCGAGGUUCCUUUCGCUGACCAUCACAGCCGGGGAACCUAUUUCGGUAUUGAUGGAGCAUCGGCUUCUGGGUCGCUUGGGACAGUCACUCCUGGGGGCAAAGUCUGAGGAUGAUGCACUGAUACCCAUCACCCUUGAUCUCCGCGACCUACCGCUUGACGCUACCGGUAUUGUGUGUGGCGUGGCUGGACGCCUGGCGCAAGGAAGUACAGAUGAAGACGAGCAGCUUGAUUUCAGUCCAGGAUCCGGGUCAGGUCCGGAUACGAACGUGCCGGUGGAGAUUUCCUUUCUGAGCACAGUCAGGGCAGGGACCGUGAUUGUGAGGGCUAGUCAUCUAGAGAAAGCUGUCGAUGCAUUGAAAUAUGGCAUGGAAAAGGUCGCCGAGGCCCCAGCAUGAUUUGUAGUAUGAGAUUCAGCAUCACAAACGAAGGCACAUGGACAUUGCAUUUUGGUCAGUCAGUGUUGGGCUUUGCAUUGGGUACGAGAGGUGGGAAAAACUGCAUGGAAUGGCAAAAGGUGAUGUCGCAUUAUGACGGGAAUCUUGCAGGACAUGUCGUAUUCAUAGUGCAUUGUCGCGGUCCAAGUUUUGAGUCGACAAACUUGUGGUGUUGGUGAAAAUUUCUACCAUUCACAAUUAUGAGGCACGAAUAUGACCAUGUGAAGAUUUAGAUUGCUUUGUGCUCAACCGGU